CGUGGAACGAAUCCCGGUGGUUGUCUCUUCGUUGCGUGCGGACAGGAGAUGCGACUGGGCGGCGCACGCAAAGUCCGUUCUUUGGCCUUUGCUCCCGUCAAAGCGUCUCCAACUACCAGUCUUAAAUUCGCCCGCCGUUUCAUCACGGAAAUCUGCGCAAUCGAGUCAUUCGUCGCCCUUCUUCUCUGCGAUUUUCGCCUCCCGGCCCUCCUCCUGAUUCGACGAACGGAGCGAUCGGAAAAAAGGCUAAAGUUUCUCUCCAUUCGAGAGUCUAAAAUUGCAUUUUCUGCACAUGGCUGGUUAUGACGGUGAGAAGGAUUAUUCGUGGAUAGAGAAAGUGAGAUCUGGAGGUGCAGUUCCAUAUCUUGAACCAGAAAAUUGUUCAAAUGGUUGGGCGACUCCUACAAGUGAUAAUUUCAUGGUUAGAGGUCCCAAUUAUCUCUCAGACAAGAUAAAAAUACGUGGUGGUGAUUACUUACUAGAGCCUCUUGGAUUUGAUUGGAUAAAAGGUCCUGCAAAAGUUAGUGAAAUACUUAGAAAUGCAAAUCACCGUGUCAGGAGAGCUGUUGAUGAUGAAAUUGCAAGAGGUAAUAGACCUUUUGUUUGGGCCUUUAAUCUACAACUUCCAACCAAGGAUAAUUAUAGCGCAGUUAUGUACUUUGUAGCCCUUGAACCUAUCCAAGAUGGAACUCUUAUGGAUAAGUUUUUGAAAGGCGAUGACAGCUUCCGUAAUUCUAGGCUUAAACUGAUAGCUAAUAUUGUUCAGGGUCCAUGGAUAGUGAGAACAGCUGUUGGCGAGCAGGCUAUAUGUAUUCUAGGGAGAGCUCUUUCCUGCAAGUACACAUCAGGGUUGAAUUACAUGGAGGUAGAUGUGGAUAUUGGAUCUUCAAUUAUUGCAAAUGCAAUUGUGCAUUUGGCAUUUAGUUAUGUAACAACUUUGACAGUGGACUUAGCAUUUCUUAUCGAGAGCCAGACUGAAGAGGAACUUCCGGAGCAAAUUCUUGGGGCUGUAAGGUUCUCAAAUCUAAACCCAGUUUAAGCUGGCAUCUGUGAUCUAACAUCUGAUGUGGAUGCUGUAAGCCUCCCACCCUUGCUUCCCACAAGAUUGUGGAGAUCAAUUGGAUUUGGUUUUACUAGCCUGCCGUCACAGGGGAGCUUAGAACCUUAUGCCAACGGAAAUCUUCAUGGAGAAGAUGAUGCAAAGAAGGAUGAAAAUUGAAAUCCCAAAUGCAUUAUAUAGUUCAAGACAACUUUGUGUUUGUACUCGGGCUUCAAGAUAUUACGACGGAUGAUAGACUAACCUCCAUUGAUGGCUAUCUAUUGAACUACCUUGAUGGUGCCCUGCUUCAAUUUUUAUCGAAGAAAGGGUUAUAGAAAAAUAUCUAUGUUUACUUUUGCAGGCUCUCAACUUGCUCCAUCAACACCGUUAUCAUUGGAAAGAUUAUAAUCUUCAGAGAGAGAGAGAGAGAGAGAGAGAGAGAGGUCAUUUAUAAAGAUUAUAUGUGUAUUUGUUCCAGACUUGUACAUUGAAACAUUUCUUUCAGUGAUCCAGUUACUAAAUUAUGUCAUUAUGCUCACUGUCA